AUGUGCACGCCUCAAAGUCCAUUUAAACUUCAGUCAGAACAAAUAUCCUGCAGGAGGGGAUCUACUUUCUCUAAUAUCAGGCAAAGAGUGGUGUGAAUUGCAUAGAGCUUUAAGAAGAAACAACUGACGGGGCAAAAUCUGAGAGGUUACAGGGACCAAGCCUAUGCAAGUCUUCGAAUCGUGAGUAGGACGUUCAUUUGCACGUCAAUCCGUCAUCUAGAGUUUUUCUGCGCAUCUUUUUCUCGCCAGCCUUCUUGUUUUUGUAUCAUCAUGGCAUGGCCGUGCCUCACGCGUGCUUGCUGCAUCAACCGCUAUUGGACCGAGCUGGACAAAGGGGACAUCGCGGUGCCUUUGGUUUUUACCAAAUACUCGGAUGUGGGCGAGGUGCAGCAUCUUCCCCAUCACCCGCAGCCGAGGCUGAAGAGGGCCGGGGCCAUUGCCAUAGAAACCCAGCCUCAUUCCGGUGAGCAGGAGCCCGGGAAGGCACCGCCCGCGACGGGUGCCGCAGCGGGAAAAGAUGGCUCUGCUGCGUCUGUCAUGCGCCAAGACUUCAAGGCCUGGAGAGUUCGCCCCGAGCCCAGCUGUAAACCCAGGAAUGAGUUGCAGCGCUCGGCGGCCCCGUUCAACAACGAAACUCAGUACCAGAAGGAUUAUAAGGCCUGGCCUAUAGCGAAGAAGAACGACCACCCCUGGAUCCCCAAACCCAGCCCCACCUCCGCGGGGCCAGAGCGAAGCGCAGGGGGCGGAAAACAGGAGCAAGCGGCCCCCGAGGUGGAGAGCGGCGUGGAGAAGAGCGAGAUCGAAGAGAAAACACAGGAGAAAGAGUCAAACGAGCCGACGAAGAAGAGCGGAAAGAGGGAAAAGUCAGCAGAGAGACAAACUGUGGAGAAGACGGAGGAGCAGGUUUCUGCAGAAGUGAGCGCUGAGCAGAAAAAAGGCAGAGCGGCUGCAGACGCUCUCAACAGGCAGAUAAAGCAGGUGACUUCCAGCAGCUACAGGACUGAGUUCAAGGCAUAUAAGGAUGUGAAACCAGUGAAGGCCAUUAAAGCUCCAUCUCAGUAUAAACCCCCAGUGGAGGAGAGCAGCCGUGAGACCAGCUACAGCGCCACAUACAAGGGGGAGCAGGUGAAGGCUCAGCCCGCCGACAACAAGCUGAUCGACCGCAGGAGGAUACGCAGCCUGUACAAUGAGCCGGGCAAGGAAACUAGCAAGGUGUCUCGCAUCAAACCAAAAAAGACACCAACAACAACAGGGAAGAUGGUGAAAAAAUCAAAAGAGAAGGUGCUUGCUAGUUCCCUGUCAGCCAAGAAGAAACCGUCUUUGGGCACCCCAGAACCCAAACCAGAUGGAGUCGUCACCAAGAAGAGCAAAGAGAUCAGCAAUAGACUGGCUGAAGCAAACCACUAAAUGAAGUUUCUCUCUACACUUUUAUGUGUGUGAUCAAAGGCGACAUGACGAAUUAGGCACAUUUCUUCCCUUUGGUUUAUUUCCUGACCUGUUGUUUUUGCUGUCCUGUCAUAUAUUAGUCACCUUUAAAUGGGCACUGAUGUUGAGCUUUCAAAAUAAUGCAAGUCAUUUCACUGUAAAAUGUGAGUAAGUGUGUGUGUGUGACAGAGAGAGAGUGUGUGUGUGAGUUCAGAUGUAUGUAAGUAUGUGAUCCCUUGUGUUUUGGUGCACAAAACCGCAUUAUAUUAUUGAGCACAUUAUUUGCACUUUGUUUAUAUGAGUUCUGUUUGACAUCGAACCAUAAAAAAAAGCCAUCAGUACACAUAUGUGUAUGAAAGGGAAUUUUUACCUUUGUCUUAAUGAAUAAAAACUAAAAUCAGUUUUGAAAUGAUUGUAGAAAAAGUCAGGGGGAUGGUUUCUCUCAGACUUUUAUCACAUAAGAGGUGUUGUGACAGUACAACAUAUGUUUUAGGGUUGCUUUUCCUAGUUACAGUGCCUCUGCUGUAUGGUCCUGGUUUUCAUUUCAUUGUUUGGGAUGAUAUCUGGUCUUAUCAAUUUGGUUGCCAAGAAACCAAAUGAAGUGUAAUAUAAUUGCUACGGCUUGCAUGCAGGACACUGUGUUUGGUUGAGUGGCUACAUUUUAGCAGACUAUAUGUCACACAGUCACAUUUUACAUUUAGCAACUAAAGAUACAUUUCUAGGGGAAAUAACUUUUCAAGUAUAAUGCAUGCGUAGUAAUAGAUUUUGGUCACACCGAAAAAACUAAAGUACAUACACGAAAUCAUAGUCUAGUGGCUAAUAAAGCUAUUACCUAAAUGCACCAGCAAUAUGGUUGUACCCACUAACACAAUUCUGGCAAUCUUAAUGGAGAUCCACUCCUUUGAUUUCAUGGGAAUACUGCAGUACUUAUGACUCAGUAUUUGUGACAUUGUAUUCCGUCCUCUCCUCUGAUCUGUGAUGCUGUAAUUGUGAUAAAUGAGAGAGAAAAAAACGUAUGCAUAAAGGCCUGAAAAGGGAAAAACUAUUGUAUUUACUCAAUAAAUGUCACUCUGAAUGGGCUGAUCUCACCAGGUGGGAAAGAACAAGGAAUGGGCCAGGACUUGAAGUUCAGCUUUUUAAAAUGUUGCUGUCUGAUAAUACGCAAAUCACACCUGUUCAUUGUGAACAUGACAUGAGGGGUUUUUACUUACCUGUGGUGGCAAACAUGGCUGCAGUGUGUGAGAGCCCAGUCAAGCACUACCCACCGUGAGUCUGCUUCAAGUUUAAGCUUCCGUGUGUGAGCCUGAAAGUUUUGAUGUGUAUGACCUUACAGCCUGCUGCCUGCUAGCACCAUGUCUGACCUAACCAUAAGACCUGCUGCUACACACUCCAACACCCUGGUGCUAAAUCGCUCAUUCUAUAUGCUGUCUGGUUUGGGCCACACGUGGCAUCAAACCAGAGGGAAAUUAUGAAAUAACAACGUCAUACCGCUGCAGACGUGAAACUGUGCUUGUUCUCUCAGCUUGCUCUGGUUGAAUUCUGAAUAAAGUGAUGAUACUAACA